AUUCGAUGUCGUGAAACACGUGUUGUUUUUCAAUGAAAGUCUGUGAAAAUAAAUGCAAAUAUGCAACGCGACAAAGUUGAAGAAAUAACAGAAAAGUUAGAGGGAUCUCUGUCUAUAGACACGGGGAAGAUGGAGAAAUAUGACAGGUACAGGCAGGAGGGAAAGAAAGCUGCCCUGAGCGGUGACCUGCAACAUGCCCUCAAGCUGUUUGAGAUGGCUUACCAGCUGCAGCCGAGCGACAAGCUAAAGAAACGGAUCCAGGCCAUACAGGAGAUAGUGCAAAGAGAGGAUGAGGAAGAAGAAGAGGAGGACGAUUUUGUGAAUGUGAACGGUAGUGGAUUGAACCUGUAUAAAGGGCUCUAUGACAAACUGUAUGACCAUCAGAAGGAGGGAGUGGCGUUCCUGUACAGUCUGCACCGAGAUGGAAGAAAGGGAGGAAUUCUGGCAGAUGACAUGGGCCUUGGCAAGACCAUCCAGGUCAUCUCAUUUUUGUCAGGGAUGUACGAUGCGGAACUGGCCAAUCACACGCUGUUAGUCAUGCCAACCUCGCUCAUAAAGAACUGGGUGUGUGAGUUUGCCAAGUGGACCCCCGGGAUGCGAGUGAAAGAGUUCCACGGUUCCAGCAAGGCAGAGCGGAACAGGAACUUAGAGCGGAUCCAGCGCAAGAGUGGGGUUAUUAUUACCACCUACCAAAUGCUCAUCAACAACUACGAACAACUUGCAACAUACAACCAGCGUGAGUUCCGCUGGGAUUACGUCAUCCUAGACGAGGCCCACAAAAUCAAAACCUCGUCCACUAAAACGGCUAAAAACGCUCACGCCAUCCCAGCACGUAACAGAGUGCUGUUGACUGGCACUCCGGUUCAGAACAACCUUAGAGAGAUGUGGGCGCUGUUUGACUUUGCCUGCCACGGGUCUUUGCUGGGAACCUCAAAAACGUUCAAAACGGAAUACGAGAACCCAAUCACACGCGCACGAGAGAAAGAUGCCACACCCGGAGAGAAAGCGCUUGGAUUGAGGAUCUCUCAGAACUUAAUGGACAUCAUCAAACCUUAUUUCCUACGGAGAACAAAAGCCGAAGUUCAGAAUAAAAAGGAACGACAUUGUAAAGAAGCCAACCAGGAUGAGGAUCAAGAAAACAAAUGUCCAAAUGCUGACGAAGGUGCAGUAAUGCCUUCGCUGACACGAAAGAACGACCUCAUCUUGUGGACGUACCUGAGCUCAGUUCAGGAGGACAUUUAUAACCAGUUCAUCUCGCUGGACCGAAUUAAGGAGCUGCUAAUGACUACAAAAUCCCCGCUAGCUGAGCUCACUGUGUUAAAGAAGCUCUGUGACCACCCCAGACUGCUCUCAGCUCGAGCUGUGGCUCAGUUAGGCCUUGAUGAAGGUAUUAACUCCACCCCAUUGGAAGACGAGAAAGAGUCGGUAGCGAGUCAGAUCGAUCAGAUUUCAGAUGACACUUUGAUUGGCGAAUCAGGGAAGCUGCAGUUUCUGGUGUCUCUGAUGGAGUGUCUCCGUGAGGAGGGGCAUCGCACUCUGAUCUUCUCCCAGUCCCGGAAAAUGCUGGACAUUAUGGAGCGCAUCCUGCGCAACCGAGGCUUCCAUCUGCUGCGACUGGAUGGCACGGUGACACACCUGACAGAGAGAGAGAAGCGUAUUACGUUGUUCCAGACGGACAGACGCUACACCAUCUUUCUUCUCACCACACAGGUGGGUGGGGUCGGCAUCACGCUGACGGCAGCUAACCGCGUCGUGAUCUUUGACCCGAGCUGGAACCCGGCGACGGAUGCUCAAGCUGUAGACCGUGCGUACCGCAUUGGCCAAACCGAAAAUGUCAUCAUCUACAGACUCAUCACUUGUGGCACUGUGGAGGAGAAAAUUUACCGCAGACAGGUAUUCAAAGACUCUCUUAUACGGCAGACGACCGGUGAUAAGAAGAACCCGUUCCGUUACUUCAGCAAGCAAGAGCUGCGAGAACUGUUCAAUCUAGAGGACACUCGCUCCUCCUCAACUCAGCAGCAGCUUCAGGCCAUGCAUGCGCAAAAUCGUCGCUCGGACACCAAGCUGGACCAACACAUAGCUCAGCUUUACAGUAUGGAGAUGUUCGGCAUCUCUGAUCAUGACCUCAUGUUCACUAAAGAGGCAGCUGCCGACGAAGAUGCCCCUGAGGACGCAGAAUCGCACCAUUACAUCCAAACACGAGUUCAGAAAGCCCAAGAGCUCAUGCAGGCAGAAUCAGAGCUGCACGGCCAGCUGAUGGACAGCAUCGCUCAGAACACAGAGCCUGCUUGGCUUAGGCAGUCAGGACAACGUAGUAUACAAAAAUCGGCCGGCAGAGAACGCCCAGCCCCUCCUCAUGACGAUGUGGUCACAGUGGAUCUGACUCAUUACAGUAUAGAUGAGCCAGAGGAUGAAGAGGAACGGAGCUCACUGUCUGUCGAGGAAGUGCAGGUUGUAGGUAAAGAUGAAGAGGAAGACGUGUUUCCAUGGGCGGGUGGAGAAAGGAACACGUCUGUUCUAAAGGCCGAGGAAGAUUCUGCUGAAGACAGCCAUUCUGUGAUCACGCUGGAUGACAGUUUGAACGUAGCGGAUGAAUCUAAAAACAAUACAGCAUCCGAGCAACAAAACUCUGUACAUGACUUGUCUAGUCUCUCUCACCAGUUCCCCAAGCUGGAAGAACUUUCUGUAGUGUCUGAUCAUCUUGAUACAGAAGAAGCUCACACAGAUGGUCCCCAUUCAAUCUUGCUUUCAUCACCCACAUCUCCAGUAGCCAAAGCAGUUGAGCCUUCCAAAACGGAGCUGGAGUCUUCCGAAACAGAGCUGGAAUCUUCCGAAACGAAGCUGGAGCCUUUCAAAACGGAGCUGGAGUUGCUUCAAGGACAUUUCAACUUGCAACUUGAAGACAGUGCAGAUAUGUUUUCUGCUGAGGAAGAAGUUCAUGAAGAGGAGGAGUCUGUAGUGGAGAACAGUCUUGAGUUUCAGCUUCAGAUGGAUGUCAGUGGAGAACGACUGGAAGAACCAAGCAAUCAUGACGGCAGAGGAAUCAGUAACUAUAUCAAGAGCAAACAUGAAUCUCCUUUAAGGCAGCGUUCUGCUUUGGGCACACCUGCAGACGACUCAUUCGUGCAUUCUGUUCGGAGAAAUAAAAGGAGGCAGGUCAUCUCUGACAGCGAAGAGGAGGGAGAGGAAGAGUUGGAGAGGCCGUGUUUGUCCAGCAGCCCAUUGUCCGAUGGCCUCAGCAAGCUGGGCUCCUCCACGCCAAAAUCCACUUUGGCAGACGGCGCACGACUCAGGCGGAGCUUGAACACUUCGGUGGCAUCAAGAAGGUCUUUGGUGAUGUCUAUGCUCGAGAAUGAAUCCGAUGAGGAAUCGGCAGAGCUCAGUGAAGGAGAAAACGAGUCCAAUCAGAUGUCUGAAGCAAGUGAAGCUUAUGCAGAUGAAUCUGUGAUGGAAGAAGAGCCGAGUGGAGAGACUCUGAAUACAGAUGAGUGUGAUGAGGAGGAUGAAGUUAAAGAGAGCUUGGAGAUGACAGGAGAUCAGCUGGAAGUAGAAGAAUCCACUAAUGAUGUUGAAUUAGAAUCUAGUGAAAUGAUGGAGCAAUGUGCUCCUAAAACACUCCCUUCAGAAACACACACUCUUGCAGUUGGUACCAUCAGCAGUGAUGAGACCCCUUCUGAGAACACAUAUGAGGCACUGGUUCUUUCUGGGAAACGUUGUUUGGCAGACGGCAGGAAGAAGGAAGCUCUGGAUUAUUUUCUGAAGGCUAUAGAUGUAAAUACAGGUGAUCCUGAGAUCCAACUCAUGAUUAUUCAGUUGUACAGACAACUCAGUCAACAGGGUCAGUAAUACAAAAACACAACCUUAACAUAUAGAGACUUGUUUUGUUAUGCAUUUUCAACCUUCUCAUGCUUAUUCACAUGUUAAAAAAAGAAAAAUGAAUGGACAUGGGCUAAAAGUGACUGAAGUAUCUGGAGGAAUAUCUUGUAUUUGUUAAUACACAGUAAUUUCAGUCAUUCUUAGAAAUUUCUUGAUUUAUUUUGAUAAUAUUUUGUAUUUCCCCCAUUGUUUAAAAUACUGUUCCAUUUAUAAUGUUUAAAUCCACAAUGUGGAUUGUGUGGAAAAAAUAAAUUGACAAAGGUUUCAUAUUUUGCUGUCUGUAUUAAUUUUAUACAUGGUUGGAAUUGUAUUUCGUGUAGACCAACACCUGUUGAAACAUUAUUUUCUAUUAUAUUAAAGGGAUAGUUAGCCCAAAAAUGAAUCAUCAUUUACUCACCCUCUUUUCAUUUCAACCCUGUAUGACAAGAAGAUAUUUUGACGAAUGUUAGUAACCAAACAACGGUGGUGCCCAUUGACUUCUGUUGUAUGGACAAAACCAAUGGAAGUGAAUGGGUACUGCGGUUGUGUUGUUACCAACAUUCUUCAACAUAUCUUCUUUUGUGUUAUGCAUAAGAAAGUCAAACAGGGUUGAAAUUACAAGAUGUUGAAUAAAUGAUGACCAAAUUUUCAUUUUUGGGUGAACUACAGUGUAUCUAUCCUUUUAACUUUAUUACAGCUAAGAGCGUUGUAUCACAAAUGUGACAUAUUUUUUGGAAGAAACUCUACCACCAUAACAGCUUAAUUUGAAUUUAAUACAUUUAUCUCGAUGUCAACAUUAAGUUUAUCAACACAGUGUAUUACUAGGCUAUAGAGUAUUUGGCAAGAUGUAAACAAUACUGGUCCAGAUGCACUCUGUGGUUUUUGUUGUUUUCCCCAAAAUUAAAAUAAAGAUGUUUG